AUGUUUUCUACCUUAUUGAAAGACGAGCACAGCAAAAGGAAACGCAUCUUUGCCGACAGAUACGCCAUGACCAAUAUCAUGAAAGAAAAACCCAUGGCUGUUAUACACGAACGGGCCAUGACGUUUGUAUCUAAGUGUGCCGAGGCUGGACAAAAGAGUGUGGAUGUUUACUCCUUGCUUCACUGCUAUGCCCUGGACUGCGUUACUCAUUUCAUGUUCAGCCCCGGCGGCCUCAGAUCUCUGAACGUAACCGAAGACUUUGAAAUCAUGCACGAACUGACCUACCACCAAAGUCUCCAAAAAAACCUCCUGGAGUACUACCUCCCUUCAUUAGCGCCCUAUUUCCCAAAAUUCCUCCACGCCCGCAGCGCCCCAAAAGCAAACCAAUACGUGGUAGACAUGGCCGCCCGACUCGAGCUCGACGGCCACUCCCUAAUGGAAAAGCUCAAACGCAAAGAAUCAAACCUGGAACUAAUGCAAGCCGCUGCAGAAUGCAAAGACCACAUGGCCGCCGGCAUCGACACAACAGGCGAUGGUCUGUGUUUCUUAAUGUGGGAGCUCUCACAGCCCCAGAACCUCUGUUUCCAGCACAGACUUUACGAAGAGCUCACCGCUGCGCCGGCUAAUACACCCUUGGAUAGUUAUGUGUAUCUCGACGCUGUCAUUAAAGAGGCGCUGCGGUGUGCGCCGCCGAUUCCGAUGUCACUGCCUCGCUAUGUACCUGCUGGUGGAAGGGAGAUCGAUGGGUUCCUUGUUCCGGAGCAUACUAUUGUUAGCUGCCAGCCUUAUUCGGUGCAUCGGAUGAAUGAGAGUGUCUUCCCUGAGCCUGAUCGGUUCAAUCCGGAUCGGUGGCUUGUUGAGGAGGGGACUGCUGAGCGGAAUCGGCUUUUCUUUUCAUUUGCUACGGGUGGAAGGGGGUGUACGGGGAAAAAUCUUGCGCUUGUUGAGAUGAAAAUGCUGCUUCGGGAGGUGUAUUCUCGUUAUCGGACGAUGGUGGCUUCAGAUAUGACUGCUUCAAUGAAGCUGGAUGAUCAAAUCAUCUCUUCGAGGCCCAAGGGGCAGAGCUGUAAGCUGGUCUUUACGGCUAUAGAGUGA